AUGGCCCAGACAAGCCUACGCUUGUUCUUGAGCAGAAGCUGCAUCGCCUCCCUGGGAAACGCAGAAGGCGCGAAGGCGCUGCUCGCGUCGAAGGGUGGGGGUGCCCUCUUGCCAUCUUCUCGCGAUAAUCUUUGGGGAUAUCUGUUGUCUAGAUCAUCACACAAUGCCUCCAUAAUCAGAGCCAUGCGGUGGGCAGAAGACGGACCAGGGUUUUGUAGAUUACAAUCUCCGGUGAGGUUAUUUGGGACGGCGAGCGCUGACUACGUACUUGCCGUGGACGACGUUUCAAUGGAAAAUUCAUCUCGUACCAGUUCGACGCUUCAUUCGGCUGAAAACUCCGUAAAGAUUUCAAGGGUAGUGAAGCCUAGAAGUAAAGGCAACCGGAAGAAAUCUGCGGUGGAUUUUACCAAAGUCGAUGCGAAACUUCUUCCUACAGUUAUGAUCGUGGGGCGUCCAAAUGUCGGGAAAUCGGCACUCUUCAAUCGGUGAGUCCUUUGAAGCUGCUGCUGCUGCCGUGGGAAUUGAAGUCCUCUCUUUCUAAUUUUGGUUUACUGAUAGUUUGAUACGGAGGAGGGAAGCUCUGGUAUACAACACUCCCGAUGACCACGUCACCAGGGAUAUAAGGGAAGGCAUUGCAAAGCUCGGAGAUUUGAGGUUCAGGGUUCUGGACUCUGCUGGCCUGGAGACAGCGGCAUCCUCUGGGAGCAUUCUCGAUCGGACCGCGGACCUGACUGGUUCCGUGCUUGCGAGGACUCAAUUUGCGAUUUUCCUGAUAGAUGUGAGGUAAGCCCCUUGAUUUGUUCGUUGGUUCGAAGAACUGCAGUGAAUACGCUCAUCCGGCCUGAGCUUUGAGCCGUCUUGGUUAGAGCUGGCCUACAGCCUCUUGACGUGGAGGUUGGAAACUGGCUGCGGAAGAAUGCUUCUGGGGUCCGGACAAUCUUGGCGAUGAACAAGUCCGAGUCACUGGACGACGGAGGCGGGCUUCUCAUUGCUGAGGCUGCUGAAGCCCACGUUUUGGGUUUUGGUGAUCCAAUUGCGAUAUCAGCGGAAACUGGGUUGGGGAUGGCUGAGCUCUAUGAAACUCUAUGUCCUUUGCUUGAGGAUUACAUGCUUCAGCAAAUGAACGGUAUGUUAACUGUGUCUCAGACGUUGGCCCAGGUUAAUUCUUAUAAUCAGUCAAUAGCUUGGGGAUGCUGGACGUCCGAUACACCAUCUUGUGCCUUUUUUCUUUGCACUUCAUUGAAAUAUCAUUCUCAUGAUCGCAAUGAUUAUUUGCUUCGAUUGAAGCACGGGUGCCAAAGUUCCAUCUCUGUGCGAAAACAACUCUUUUUUGCAAUAAUUCCUCUCUAGGGCAGCAUAUAUCCUGACAGAUCCUUGAGCUCCCCGUUUUACAAGUUCUGACGAACUCAUCUGUCCUCGCUUCACCUUUUUGAUUUUUUACUCCAACGGUAUGAUCCCUGCCUGAGACAACAUUUUGUGCGCUAUGAAUUUAAGGGUGCUCUAUUUUCACCACCCAUGUUCUUUAUCCAAUGUCACAAACUCCGUAUCUUCCAAGAAAAAUUCACUUUAAGUUAAAAAAAAAAACAAUUGGCAUGUAAAAUUUUUAUUUUGAUAGUUCGAUUUAGUUGUUCUGGUUCCUAGUAUCUCAACCAUUACUCCAAACCCCCAAUCUCGUUUUAGGCUGAGAAGAAGGCUUAGUUGAUCCUUCUUCUCAACAGGCGAAUUCUAUAAAGGUUGUGCAUUGAUUGAAUGUACUCUUCAUCUCAUAGAAAACGCAAUUUUUUUCUUGAGAGAUUUUAUGACGCAGGAAGUACAUCUAUGUUUUGCCUUAAAGUUUCUCAUAAAGCCUUUCCAUUUUAACUUUUAUACACACCUAAACUAUUGCCAUUCUUUAUCUAAUACUUCCAGAUCAGACGAUUGAAGAGGAAAAAGCCGUAGAGACUGAGGAGAAUAAGUUGCCUCUACAGCUGGCCAUCGUAGGGCGUCCCAAUGUCGGGAAGUCUACACUCCUAAAUACACUCUUGCGAGAGAAAAGAGUUCUUGUUGGACCUGAGGCUGGCCUAACGAGAGAUUCAGUUAGAGCUCAAUUCAACUUUGAAGGGCGCACAAUAUAUUUGGUAAAUAAACUAGAUUAUCGCCUCUUUUGCUUUUUGCUGUUUUGUGAUUAAUAACAUCAGAUAUCAUUAGCAUCGAGAAAAGUAACGUGUUUAUCUUUUCUUGCACAUUCUGGCACGGUCGCAUUUAUUAAUUUUUAUUAUUUAAGCUGUGCUUGACCAUGGAAUAUAUGCUGUUUAUUGUUGUCCAUGUGGAGCUAUAUUGAAUUUUUAAUUUCUCUUGAGCAAGGGUUUAUCUCUAGUGCAUUACUUGCCAGAAAACCUUUUUUUUUGCAUUACUAUUCGCUAUUUUUCUGGUAUAAUUCUGAAGGUUAGUUGCUGUUUUGUGUCAGCUAUUAGUCAAAAGAUUUAUUGGUUUCCUUUUCAAAGCCAAUUAAUUCCUCCCACGUUGUUUCCAGAUCUAGUAUUGUCAAAUGCACUCCUGUUAUUGUUCCUGUGGCAAUCAUCAAAGGACCACCCAUGCAUCAUCCAGUCUUCACCAGAUCAAAGUGCAAUGAGAUAUGAGAAGUAAUGUAGAAAAACCUCACUAUCUCACUCAGGUGGCCAUUACCUUAAUGUCUGCUCUUGAUGAAAACGUCACUCGUGCUCCAUUAGUUACAUGCGCAGUUUUGUUUCCAUUAUUUUAACGUUUACUUCUCUGAAAUUUUGUUAUUCUUUGCGGGAUGAAUAGCUGAGAUAAUCAUGUGUUUAUCAACACUGGCAUUGGGUACAAUCCGUCUCUCCUUGUCAUCGAUUUUCUUUCAAUUUAGCUGUCUUAUCUUAUAGUUGAUUCCGUGAAUCCAAGGAGAUUGGUUUCCUCCGUUUGGAGUUGUUUUCAAAUUUACCUUUUGUUUUUUAUUCACUGUGAUUUACGUGUUAUGAUACAGUUGCUCUAUCCUUCAGGUUGACACUGCGGGAUGGCUGCAAAGGUGUGGACAAGAGAAAGGACCAGCAUCACUGAGUGUUAUGCAGUCAAGGAAGAAUCUUAUGAGGGCUAAUGUGGUUGCUUUAGUCCUUGACGCAGAAGAGGUAUAUUUCCUCUUUGUCUGCUUAUUUUGUGUACUUAUUGUCUUCCUUGCAUCAUCAUCAUUAUUAUUAUUAUUAUUAUUAUUAUUAUUACAUAUGUAGAAUUCCUAGCUUAUGAAUAUCGACCAAUUAUAAUUAAACCAAUGGGCAGACACCGCGCUCUAAUAUUCAAGGGUGAAAUUGGUUUCCUUUUAAGAUGGCAACCAAUGAAGAGAAAUACCGAUUUUGAGAUCAAUAUUACAGUGAAUAAGUAAAAUUCAUGUUGCAAAGCGAACUGCCUCCAGAUCAAAUAACGAAAGAGCAAUUGCCGCUACAACCUCAUUUGUCUGUCUAAGAGAAGACAACGUAUUAGCAGAGGCCUCUUUUGUUUUUUUUGCCUGCACCAGAACUCAUGAACAUGAAGUGAUCAGCUCCUUCCCGGCCUGUCCAUGACGCUAUCGUAGCCAACCCUGGAGUCGGGCACUGUAUAGAAGUCUAGCACUGUGGAGUCUAGAUUUGGAAAGUCACUGCUGCUUUUGUAGACAAAUAUGGAGCAGUGUGAGAAAUUCUUAGUUUCAUGCUGUCUCAUCUACUGAUGGAUGUUUAGGGCGAGGAUAUCACUUGAAGUAAAUCCAAUGCAAUAACACGCUUGGCUGUUGCUGCGUUUUUUUGACCAAAGCUAUAACUCAGUUGCUCCAACCUGGAGGACUGCAGUGCUAUGAAGAUUUCUAGUCUAUAUUAUAGGCUGUUGUGAAAUAAUAUAAAACUUUAUGACAAUUCUCUCUGCCUGACUAUGUUAGACAUUAUACUAUCGAUUUCAUUUUUCUGAUGCAUGAGCAUUUGUCUAGGUUAACAUGAUUUCUUUAAAAUGUCAAUGAGCCUAAAUGUCUAAUGAAGCUACCGUUAAUGAGAUUCAAAGCAUUACUGGUGAUGAAAUGGAAGUAAAUUAUUUUUAACAUUUUUGUAAGAUAAGAAACUGACGACAGAUGCAUUUUUUCAGCGAUUUUGUUUUUCAGGUUUUAAUGGCAGUAUCAUUGUUCUUUGAAUUAUGAAGAAAAUCUGCAUCAAUGAUAGUUUUUUUAUCAUCUUCUCAUCGUAUGUGCUCAAAGGACUGAUAGAUACCUUUUGGGUUUUCAGAUUGCGAACAAGAGAUGCAGUAUGAAGCACGCUGAAGUGGCCAUAGCCCGACAAGCAGUAGAGGAAGGUCGUGGCCUGGUUGUGAUCGUGAACAAGAUGGAUCUUCUCAGAGGAAAACAGAACAUGGUGCUGCAUGACAGAGUUAUCGACGCUGUUCCUAAAGAGAUCCGAGCAGUCAUCCCCCAGGUUUGUGUGACAUCCAUCGGUUGAAUAUGACUCCAGGAUUUUCGGAAGCUUUUUAUUAGUUUGUUAGUGAUUGCCCUUUUUUAAUACAGAUGGAAGCCGUCUGAUUUUUACUAUAAAUAUAAAUUUCAAGCAAUUUUAUGUAAUCUAGUUCCAAUAUUUUUUCUGCAGGUUACCGGAGUACCUGUUGUAUUUGUUUCAGCGUUGGAGGGAGAGGGAAGAAUUCCUCUACUGGACCAGAUCGUAGAUACAUACGAAAAGUGGUGCUUGAGGUUGCCCACAGCACGCCUGAAUCGUUGGCUUCGGAAGGUACCCUUCGUUGGCAUCAAGUUUUGUUCCUGAAUUGCUGCUGAAAUCAUAUCAGUUCUAUGGAAUUGUGCUCGAUAAUUUAUUUUAUUUUCCUUUAAUCUGCAGGUGAUGAGCCGACACUCGUGGAAAGACCAGGCGACGAAGCCCAAGAUCAAGUACUUCACCCAGGUGAAGGCCCGCCCGCCGACGUUCGUCGCGUUCAAGAAUGGGGAUACGCAGCUCUCCGACUCUUACGUCAGGUUCCUGACCAAGUCCCUGGUGGAAGAUUUCAACCUCGGGGGGAUUCCCAUCCGCCUGAUGCAGCGGACGGUUCCUACCAGGUCGGGAGGAGGGAGUAGCAAGCCCUCCAAGGGCCUGUCCCCAAGGGCGCCCGCUAGGGUUUUUUCGGACAAGCGGUCUGUAAUCUGA